AUGGUGGAAGUCUGCCAGCCUGCAGAGAUGGAAGGUCUUGAAGGUACUGCUAAUAAGCUAAUAAGGCUGUGGAAUCUGGAUGAAAAGCCUGAGGGUGCAGAGCCCUGCUGGUAUGGUUCCCUGGACAGAUGCCCCCACUUAAACCAAGACCCAAGCAAGUCUUGUAGUUCCUUGGCUCCUGAGGAGGAUCUGGUGUCUGCCUCCCAACUGGAGGAAGAAGAAGAAGGGGAUCAGGAUCUGGAUCCAGAUCUAGCCCCAGACCCAGAGGGGGAGGAAGAAGAAGAGGUGGAGGAGGAAGAGCAUGAUCUCAGAGAUCCAGCUGUCCUCAGUGCUAUCCAUAACACCCAGAGAGGCCUUCUCAGCUCCUCUGGAAUCAAGACCUCUGGUGUGCUGGGGAUGUCACUUGCUUCAUUGCACUUCCUAUGGCAGACGCUGGACUACCUCUCACCAGUUCCCUUCCGGACAACUUCUCCCACUGCCAGCUCUCCAGCACGGCACUUCGGACCUCAACUUCUCUCACCAGACCCAAUUCUCUUCUGCAGCCUGCCAACCUCAUGGCACCCUAGUUUCAGUCAUCUGACCCAGCUCCACCCUCAGCACCAACGGAUCUUGCAGCUGCAACAACGUAGUCGAACACCAAGUUCCCCAGCCAAGAAGCCUUGGUCUCAGCAGCCAGAUCCCUAUGUUAACCUCAUGACCCGAAAAGAGAAAGACUGGGUGAUAAAAGUACAGAUGGUUCAGCUGCAGAGUGAGAACCCCCACCUGGAUGACUAUUACUAUCAGGAAUAUUAUCAGAAACUAGAGAAGAAGCAGACAGAUGAAGAGCUACUUGGGCGAAGGAGCAAGGUUGAAUCGCUGAAGCUGGUAACGCCUUACAUUCAGAAGGCAGAGGCUUAUGAGUCAGUGGUUCGAAUCGAGGGCUCCCUGGGCCAAGUAGCUGUAUCGACGUGUUUUAGUCCUCGCCGAGCUAUUGAUGCUGUACCCCACGGAUCUCAAGAGCAGGAGAUAGGAGCUGCAAGCAGUCAGAGGCUUCAGGUGUUGUCCCGGAUUGAGAAGAUGUUUCUUCAGUUACUAGAAAUAGAGGAGGGCCAGAAGGAUGGGCAUCCACAGCCCUGCUACUCUGAACAACAGAGCCACCAGGUUGAGAAGCUCUUCCAGGCCUUAAAGACCCAGGAGCAGAAAAAUCUGGAGGAGGCAGCAGAUGGUUUCCUGCAGGUGCUCUCUGUGAGGAAGGGGAAAGCUCUCGUGGCAAGGCUGCUCCCUUUCCUGCCCCAGGAUCAAGCUGUUAGCCUUCUUUUGGCUAUCACCCACCAUUUGCCCUUCCUAGUCCGGAGGGAUGUAGCUGAUCAGGCUCUACAAAUGUUAUUCAAACCUCUGGGCAAAUGUAUCAGUCACUUGACCUUCCACGAACUCCUCCAAGGACUUCAGGGGCUAAUGCGGUUUCCACCCAGCUCCUCAGAGCGGCCAGUCACUCUGGUGCUUCAGAACCAGUUUGGAAUAUCUUUGCUCUAUGCCCUACUGAGUCAAGGGGAGCAACUGGUAUCCCUGGAGUCCUCCCUUGAGGAGACCAACAGUGAUCAUACAGCUUGGACAGACAUGGUGGUUCUGAUUGCCUGGGAAAUAGCCCAAAUGCCAACAGCAUCUCUGGCGGAACCCCUAACCUUCCCCAGUAAUCUUCUUCCUCUGUUCUGUCACCACGUGGACAAACAAUUGGUACAGCAGCUAGAGGCUAAGAUGGAGUAA